AUGUCUUUCCUCGGAAUCGGUCGUCCCCAGCCCACCUCAGAGCAAAAGAUUGCUGCCGUCGAGGGCGAGAUGCGCAUGAUGGCUGAUACCUACAACCGCCUGCAAAAGACUUGCCAGAAAAAGUGCGUCCCCACCGACUACCGCGAGGGCGAGCUCAACAAGGGCGAGUCCGUCUGCCUCGACCGCUGCACCGCAAAGUUCCUCGACACGUCCAUGAAGAUUAGCGAAAUCAUGCAGCAGCAGGGCCAGGCCAUGGGCGCGGGAGGACCUCAGGGCGGACUGUUCUAA